GGCGGCGGCAGCGGCGGGGCCGGGCAAGGUCCGCUGCGGUCCCGGCGGCUCCGCGGCUGCUCGGCUCUGAGCGCCUGGCGCGCCCCGCGCCCUCCCUGCCGGGGCCGCUGGGCCGGGGAUGCACGCGGGGCCCGGGAGCCAUGGUCCGCUUCGGGGACGAGCUGGGCGGCCGCUAUGGGGGUCCCGGCGGCGGGGAGCGGGCCCGGGGCGGCGGGGCCGGCGGGGCUGGGGGCCCGGGCCCCGGGGGGCUGCAGCCCGGCCAGCGGGUCCUCUACAAGCAAUCGAUCGCGCAGCGCGCGCGGACCAUGGCGCUGUACAACCCCAUCCCGGUCAAGCAGAACUGCUUCACCGUCAACCGAUCGCUCUUCGUCUUCAGCGAGGACAACGUCGUCCGCAAAUACGCGAAGCGCAUCACCGAGUGGCCUCCGUUCGAGUACAUGAUCCUGGCCACCAUUAUUGCCAACUGCAUCGUGCUGGCUCUGGAGCAGCACCUCCCUGAUGGGGACAAAACGCCCAUGUCCGAGCGGCUGGACGACACGGAGCCCUAUUUCAUCGGGAUCUUUUGCUUCGAGGCAGGGAUCAAAAUCAUCGCUCUGGGCUUUGUCUUCCACAAGGGCUCUUACCUGCGGAACGGCUGGAACGUCAUGGACUUCGUGGUUGUCCUCACAGGGAUCCUCGCCACGGCUGGAACGGACUUCGACCUGCGAACACUGAGGGCUGUGCGUGUGCUGAGGCCCCUAAAGCUGGUGUCUGGGAUUCCAAGUUUGCAGGUGGUGCUCAAGUCCAUCAUGAAGGCCAUGGUUCCACUCCUGCAGAUCGGGCUGCUUCUCUUCUUUGCCAUCCUCAUGUUUGCCAUCAUUGGCCUGGAGUUCUACAUGGGCAAGUUCCACAAGGCCUGUUUCCCCAACAGCACAGAUGAAGACCCCGUGGGUGACUUCCCCUGUGGCAAGGAGCCCCCAGCCCGGCUGUGCGAGGGCGACACUGAGUGUCGGGAGUACUGGCCAGGACCCAACUUCGGCAUCACCAACUUUGACAACAUCCUGUUUGCCAUCUUGACGGUGUUCCAGUGCAUCACCAUGGAGGGAUGGACUGACAUCCUCUACAACACAAACGAUGCAGCCGGCAACACCUGGAACUGGCUCUACUUCAUCCCUCUCAUCAUCAUCGGCUCCUUCUUCAUGCUCAACCUGGUGCUGGGCGUGCUAUCGGGGGAGUUUGCCAAGGAGCGAGAGAGGGUGGAGAACCGCCGUGCCUUCCUGAAGCUGCGCCGGCAGCAGCAGAUCGAGCGAGAGCUCAACGGGUACCUGGAGUGGAUCUUCAAGGCGGAGGAAGUCAUGCUGGCUGAGGAGGACAGGAAUGCAGAGGAGAAGUCCCCUUUGGACGUGCUGAAGAGAGCGGCCACGAAGAAGAGCAGAAAUGACCUGAUCCACGCAGAAGAGGGGGAGGACCGGUUUGCAGAUCUCUGUGCUGUUGGAUCCCCGUUCGCCCGCGCCAGCCUCAAAAGCGGGAAGACAGAGAGCUCGUCAUACUUCCGGAGGAAGGAGAAGAUGUUCCGGUUUUUCAUCCGGCGCAUGGUGAAGGCUCAGAGCUUCUACUGGGUGGUGCUGUGUGUGGUGGCCCUGAACACACUGUGUGUGGCCAUGGUGCAUUACAACCAGCCACGGCGGCUCACCACGGCGCUGUAUUUUGCAGAGUUUGUUUUCCUGGGUCUCUUCCUCACAGAGAUGUCCCUGAAGAUGUAUGGCCUGGGGCCCAGAAGCUACUUCCGGUCCUCUUUCAACUGCUUUGACUUUGGGGUCAUUGUGGGGAGCGUCUUUGAAGUGGUCUGGGCGGCCAUCAAGCCUGGAAGCUCCUUUGGGAUCAGCGUGCUGCGGGCCCUCCGCCUGCUGAGGAUCUUCAAAGUCACGAAGUACUGGAGCUCCCUGCGGAACCUGGUGGUGUCGCUGCUGAACUCCAUGAAGUCCAUCAUCAGCCUGCUGUUCUUGCUCUUCCUGUUCAUUGUGGUCUUCGCCCUGCUGGGGAUGCAGCUGUUUGGGGGACAGUUCAACUUCCCGGAUGAGACUCCCACAACCAACUUCGACACCUUCCCUGCUGCCAUCCUCACUGUCUUCCAGAUCCUGACGGGAGAGGACUGGAAUGCAGUGAUGUAUCACGGGAUCGAAUCGCAAGGCGGCGUCAGCAAAGGCAUGUUCUCGUCCUUUUACUUCAUUGUCCUGACGCUGUUCGGAAACUACACUCUGCUGAAUGUCUUCCUGGCCAUCGCUGUGGACAACCUGGCCAACGCCCAGGAGCUGACCAAGGAUGAAGAGGAGAUGGAAGAAGCAGCCAAUCAGAAGCUUGCUCUGCAAAAGGCCAAAGAAGUGGCCGAAGUCAGCCCCAUGUCUGCCGCGAACAUCUCCAUCGCUGCCAGGCAGCAGAACUCGGCCAAGGCGCGCUCGGUGUGGGAGCAGCGGGCCAGCCAGCUACGACUGCAGAACCUGCGGGCCAGCUGCGAGGCGCUGUACAGCGAGAUGGACCCCGAGGAGCGGCUGCGCUUCGCCACCACGCGCCACCUGCGGCCCGACAUGAAGACGCACCUGGACCGGCCGCUGGUGGUGGAGCUGGGCCGCGACGGCGCACGGGGUCCCGUGGGGGGCAAGGCCCGGCCGGAGGCUGCGGAGGCCCCCGAGGGCGUCGACCCUCCGCGCAGGCACCACCGGCACCGCGACAAGGACAAGACCCCCGCGGCGGGGGACCAGGACCGAGCAGAGGCCCCGAAGGCGGAGAGCGGGGAGCCUGUUGCCCGGGAGGAGCGGCCGCGGCCGCACCGCAGCCACAGCAAGGAGGCUGCGGGGCCCCCGGAGGGACGGAGCGAGCGCAGCCGAGGCCCGGGCCCCGAGGGCGGCCGGCGGCACCACCGGCGCGGCUCCCCGGAAGAGGCGCCGGAGCGGGAGCCCAGACGCCACCGCGCGCACCGGCACCAGGAUCCGAGCAAGGAGUGCGGCGGAGCCAAGAGCGAGCGGCGGGCACGGCACCGUGGCGGCCCCCGAGCUGGGCCCCGGGAGGUGGAGAGCGGGGAGGAGCCGGCGCGGCGGCACCGGGCCCGGCACAAGGCGCAGCCUGCGCACGAGGCUAUGGAGAAGGAAGCCAUGGAGAAGGAGGCCACGGAGAAGGAGGCCACGGAGAAGGAGGCCGAGAUAGUGGAAGCCGACAAGGAGAAGGAGCUCCGGAACCACCAGCCCAGGGAGCCACACUGUGACCUGGAGACCAGUGGGACGGUGACUGUAGGCCCUAUGCACACGCUGCCCAGCACCUGUCUCCAGAAGGUGGAGGAACAGCCAGAGGAUGCAGACAAUCAGCGGAAUGUCACUCGCAUGGGCAGUCAGCCCCCAGACGCGAGCACUGUUGUACACAUCCCAGUGAUGCUGACGGGCCCUCCUGGGGAAGCCACGGUCGUUCCCAGUGGUCACGUGGACCUGGAAAGCCAAGCAGAGGGGAAGAAGGAGGUAGAAGCGGAUGACUUGAUGAGGAGCGGCCCCCGGCCCAUCGUCCCGUACAGCUCCAUGUUCUGUUUAAGCCCCACCAACCUGCUCCGCCGCUUCUGUCACUACAUCGUGACCAUGAGGUACUUCGAGAUGGUCAUUCUUGUGGUCAUCGCCUUGAGCAGCAUCGCCCUGGCUGCUGAGGACCCAGUGCGCACGGACUCGCCCAGGAACAAUGCUCUGAAAUACCUGGAUUACAUUUUCACUGGUGUCUUUACCUUUGAGAUGGUGAUAAAGAUGAUCGACUUGGGACUGCUGCUUCACCCUGGGGCCUAUUUCCGGGACUUGUGGAACAUUCUGGACUUCAUUGUGGUCAGUGGCGCCCUGGUGGCGUUUGCUUUCUCAGGAUCCAAAGGGAAAGACAUCAAUACCAUCAAGUCCCUGAGAGUCCUUCGUGUCCUGCGGCCCCUCAAGACCAUCAAACGGCUGCCCAAGCUCAAGGCUGUGUUUGACUGUGUGGUGAACUCCCUGAAGAAUGUCCUCAACAUCUUGAUUGUCUACAUGCUCUUCAUGUUCAUCUUUGCUGUCAUUGCGGUGCAGCUCUUCAAAGGGAAGUUUUUCUACUGCACAGAUGAAUCCAAGGAGCUGGAGAGAGACUGCAGGGGUCAGUAUUUGGAUUAUGAGAAGGAGGAAGUGGAAGCUCAGCCCAGGCAGUGGAAGAAAUAUGACUUUCACUACGACAAUGUGCUCUGGGCUCUGCUGACGCUGUUCACAGUGUCCACGGGAGAAGGCUGGCCCAUGGUGCUGAAACACUCCGUGGAUGCCACCUAUGAGGAGCAGGGCCCGAGCCCUGGGUACCGCAUGGAGCUGUCCAUCUUCUACGUGGUCUACUUUGUGGUCUUUCCCUUCUUCUUUGUCAACAUCUUUGUGGCCUUGAUCAUCAUCACCUUCCAGGAGCAGGGGGACAAGGUGAUGUCUGAAUGCAGCCUGGAAAAGAAUGAGAGGGCUUGCAUUGACUUCGCCAUCAGCGCCAAACCCCUGACACGGUACAUGCCCCAAAACAGGCAGUCGUUCCAGUAUAAGACGUGGACAUUUGUGGUCUCCCCACCCUUUGAAUACUUCAUCAUGGCCAUGAUAGCCCUCAACACCGUGGUGCUGAUGAUGAAGUUCUAUGAUGCACCCUAUGAGUACGAGCUGAUGCUGAAGUGCCUGAACAUCGUGUUCACAUCCAUGUUCUCCAUGGAAUGCGUGCUGAAGAUCAUCGCCUUUGGGGUGCUGAACUAUUUCAGAGAUGCCUGGAAUGUCUUUGACUUUGUCACUGUGUUGGGAAGUAUUACUGAUAUUUUAGUAACAGAGAUUGCGGAAACGAACAAUUUCAUCAACCUCAGCUUCCUCCGCCUCUUCCGAGCUGCGCGGCUGAUCAAGCUGCUUCGCCAGGGUUACACCAUCCGCAUCCUGCUGUGGACCUUUGUCCAGUCCUUCAAGGCCCUGCCCUACGUGUGUCUGCUCAUUGCCAUGCUGUUCUUCAUCUACGCCAUCAUCGGCAUGCAGGUGUUUGGGAAUAUUGCCCUGGAUGAUGACACCAGCAUCAACCGCCACAACAACUUCCGGACGUUUUUGCAAGCCCUGAUGCUGCUGUUCAGGAGCGCCACGGGGGAGGCCUGGCACGAGAUCAUGCUGUCCUGCCUGAGCAACCAGGCCUGUGAUGAGCAGGCCAACGCCACCGAGUGUGGAAGUGACUUUGCCUACUUCUACUUCGUCUCCUUCAUCUUCCUGUGCUCCUUUCUGAUGUUGAACCUCUUUGUGGCUGUGAUCAUGGACAAUUUUGAGUACCUUACGCGGGACUCUUCCAUCCUAGGUCCUCACCACUUGGACGAGUUCAUCCGGGUCUGGGCUGAAUAUGACCCGGCUGCGUGUGGGCGCAUCAGUUACAAUGACAUGUUUGAGAUGCUGAAACACAUGUCCCCGCCUCUGGGGCUGGGGAAGAAAUGCCCUGCUCGAGUUGCCUACAAGCGUCUGGUUCGCAUGAACAUGCCCAUCUCCAGCGAGGACAUGACUGUCCACUUCACAUCCACACUCAUGGCCCUCAUCCGGACGGCACUGGAGAUCAAGCUGGCCCCAGCUGGGACAAAGCAGCAUCAGUGUGACGCGGAGUUGAGGAAGGAGAUUUCCGUUGUGUGGGCCAAUCUGCCCCAGAAGACUCUGGACUUGCUGGUACCACCCCAUAAGCCGGAUGAGAUGACAGUGGGGAAGGUUUAUGCAGCUCUGAUGAUAUUCGACUUCUACAAGCAGAACAAAACCACCAGAGACCAGAUGCACCAGGCUCCCGGAGGUCUCUCCCAGAUGGGUCCUGUGUCCCUGUUCCACCCCCUGAAGGCCACCCUGGAGCAGACGCAGCCGGCCGUGCUCCGAGGAGCCCGGGUUUUCCUUCGACAGAAGAGUUCCACCUCCCUCAGCAAUGGUGGGGCCAUACAAAACCAAGAGAGUGGCAUCAAGGAGUCUGUCUCCUGGGGCACUCAAAGGACCCAGGAUGGGCCCCACGAGGCCAGGCCGCCCCUGGAGCGUGGCCACUCCACAGAGAUCCCUGUGGGGCAGUCAGGAGCACUGGCUGUGGACGUUCAGAUGCAGAGCAUGACCCGGAGGGGCCCUGAUGGGGAGCCCCAGCCUGGGCUGGAGAGCCAGGGUCGAGCGGCCUCCAUGCCCCGCCUUGCGGCUGAGACUCAGCCUGUCACAGAUGCCAGCCCCAUGAAGCGCUCCAUCUCCACGCUGGCCCAGAGGCCCCGCGGGACUCAUCUCUGCAGCACCACCCCGGACCGCCCACCCCCUAGCCAGGCACCGCACCACCACCACCACCGCUGCCACCGCCGCAGGGACAGGAAACAGAGGUCCCUGGAGAAGGGGCCCAGCCUGUCUGCCGAUACGGAUGGUGCGCCAAGCAGUGCUGCUGGGCCGGGGCUGCCCCCGGGAGAGGGGCCUACAGGCUGCCGGCGGGAACGAGAGCGCCGGCAGGAGCGGGGCCGGUCCCAGGAGCGGAGGCAGCCUUCAUCCUCCUCCUCGGAGAAGCAACGCUUCUACUCCUGUGACCGCUUUGGGGGCCGUGAGCCCCCGAAGCCCAAGCCCUCCCUUAGCAGCCACCCCACGUCGCCAACAGCUGGCCAGGAGCCAGGUCCCCACCCACAGGGCAGUGGUUCCGUGAACGGGAGCCCCUUGCUGUCAACAUCUGGUGCUAGCACCCCCGGCCGUGGUGGGCGGAGGCAGCUCCCCCAGACACCCCUGACUCCCCGCCCCAGCAUCACCUACAAGACGGCCAACUCCUCACCCAUCCACUUCGCCGGGGCUCAGACCAGCCUCCCUGCCUUCUCCCCGGGCCGGCUCAGCCGUGGGCUUUCUGAACACAACGCCCUGCUGCAGAGAGACCCCCUCAGCCAGCCCCUGGCCCCUGGUUCUCGAAUCGGCUCUGACCCUUACCUGGGGCAGCGUCUGGACAGCGAGGCCUCUGUCCACGCCCUGCCUGAGGACACGCUCACUUUCGAGGAGGCUGUGGCCACCAACUCAGGCCGCUCCUCCAGGACUUCCUACGUGUCCUCCCUGACCUCCCAGUCUCACCCUCUCCGCCGCGUGCCCAAUGGUUACCACUGCACCCUGGGACUCAGCUCGGGCGGCCGAGCACGGCACAGCUACCAUCACCCUGACCAAGACCACUGGUGCUAGCUGCACCGUGACCGCUCAGACGCCUGCAUGCAGCGGGCGUGUGUUCCAGUGGAUGAGUUUUAUCAUCCACACGGGGCAGCAGCCCCUGGGGGGAGGCCUUGCCCACCUUGGUGAGGCUCCUGCGGCCCCUCCCUCCCCCUCCUUCCCUCUUUUACUCUAGACGACGAAUAAAGCCCUGUUAGAGGAUGCGGCUCUCUCUGUCCCCUUCCUGCCCUGCCUUCCUGGGUCUCGUACCACACACCAGACCCUAAACCGCAGGCUGCCGUGUGUAGCUGAGAAGGACCCAGGAGUCCAAAUCCCGUGUCCUGGGACUCAGCAUCCAGGGUGGCUUGGAGCCGUUGUGAGGAGCUCUGCGUCCUGUGGGGAGCACCCUUCAUGCGGCCGUGCAGCACAGAGAAGCAGGGCCCACCUGAAAGCACGCCGAGACCUCGGGACGGAGGGGAUGGGAAGGGGACACAGUCGUGGCUUGUGCAGCCCGCCGGUGUCAGUGAACGCUCACUCAGACACGCUCUGUCCCUCUCUGGACACCGUCAGCCCCACAGGGACUGAGUUGGAAAGUGUUCUUACUGUGGUUUUGAUUUUUAAUUGCAACACCUCUCAGUCUUGUCACUUCUAUAUACUUGAUGUAGAAAAAAUAGAAAACCAGAAAAAUGGGGAAGGAAAUGUUCACAUAACUUUAAAAAAUCAAACCUGUGGAAGAAAGAUGUCAGCUUUUUGCCACGUGUCUUUGUGGCUUAUGUGAGGAGACAGACUCCCUGUGCAGCCCUCUCCAGUCCAGGUGGAUCCCAGACGGCCCCUGGCUCUGCUGCUCUUGACCAAGUGCCUGACCGCCAGGCCCUCACACUCAGGCUCCUGGGCACUGUGGUGUGAGGCGAGGCCUCGGGAGCCAUCGUGGCAGGAUGUUGUGAAAAGUACUCGCAAUGGCAGCCAGAUAGCAAGCCUUUGCCAGUGGAGAGUACUGGACGUCAUGGUGGGAAACAAGGCAGCCAUUUGCUAUCCUCCUCCCACGAGUGGAAGGGGUUUCCAGGGAAGCCACAGGGUGGCUGACCAUGUGCUUGUGUGAGGCAUUUUCAGUCUGUUCUGCAUCUGAUUCUCAGGGCACACUCUGUGGUGUGUGAAAUAGGUUUCCUUCCACAUACAGCAGAAGAGUGGGAAAGGCUGGCAGGAAGGAGGGAGACAUUGGCUGGGGGCUUGGAUGUGGGGCCAUCAGGGCAGGAGGGAGGAAACCCCAGCUGGAAUGAAACUCAGAGCAAGUCACCGAGGGAGGACACCUGACGCCCAGCACUGUCCUGGCGCCAGACACGUAGCAGGCAGUCAAGUGAGGUCUGACCCCCAUGGCCAUGCUCAGGAGAGAAAGACCACGCUCAGGACACUGUCCAAGGUGCACGAGAUGCUGGGAGCCCCUUUUGUUUUGUGAAGAAAGGGAGCAUUUAGAGCAGUUGGUGGUGGUGUGUCCUCCGUGUUCUGAAAUUCCAGAUGAUCUGUGUUGGAUUCUUGGCUUCUACCCCAUGAUUCUCCUCAAAGAAAUUGUGUGUGAUGCGUGUGUGUGUGUCUGUGUCACAGGAGGCACAGUGCCUGUGCAGGUGUGUUCAGUGCGUGGAUGUCAUUAACCCAUAGGGCUAUGCAACAAAAGACACAUUUAAUAGAAAUAAAACACACAAGACCGCUGCCUGGUCUCGGGGUUCAGCAUGAUUGUGACCAAACCUUUUUAUAGAAUUUCCUUACCUGAAGGCACAACACUCUGGAACUUUAACGAUAACAGAGUAUUUUAUUCCAAUAGAAUAAACCAGGAAUCUCGGACUAUGCAUGUGAUCACUGUGCUCAUGUUGCAAAGUAGAAGGAUGUGUAUUUUGACUGAUGUUUUGUCUCUUGUUCCCCCGCCCCCAGCCCAUGUUAUCUUGGGUGUCAAAUGUGUCCAUUCCAUGCAGAACCACAGCCAUUUCCCCAGGCAGUGUUGGGUCGAGAAUCCACUUUUCUAGACCCACACAGCCUAGCUGGCUUGUCUGGACUCUUCUAGGCAUUGGAAUUGAUGAAAACUACAGGGAGCGGGGAAAGGAGACAUUAUGUCUUGUUUUCCUGACUUUGGGUUUUGUUUCUCACUGUGUCUUCUCCAGCUAUCAUAUAUGUCCCCUGAAUCUCAUAGUGAGUUGCCAAAUUUGAAAUGCAUCACCCAGUUGUCUGCAUCUGGAACCAGUCAAGCAGUGGCUGUAGUUUGAACAAGUUAUGUGUGCAUGUAACAUAUAUACAUAUAUACAUAUAUACAAGUAUGUGCAUGAUAAUGUAUAUCUUCGUACUUUUUGAUACAAUGUAUUCAUUUAAUUUUUAAUUAUAUUUGAUAUAAAUCAAAGGUUUGUUGCAAAACUUUAUAUUUAAGAAGUGUUAAAAAAAAGUCCCAACCAUGCAACACAACUGGGACCUACUUAAAAAAAAUUCUGUGAUUGACUAGUUUGCUGCCUGAGUAAUAUUUAUCAGCCAAACUUUGGAUUCUGCUAUUGUUUCUACAAUGACAUUUUGUAUGAAGCAAAGUCCUUGAAUUAAAAUAAAAACUUAGCAAAAAAUCAAAAACAAAACCCCA